CGUCAAAUCUGCAACAAAACUUGGUUCUCGGUUUUUGGUCGACGAACGAUAAAUGAAACAGCCAGUGCCAUAGCCGACGGAAAUCAAUCAAUAAAUUGAGGCAAUGUUUCAGCCAUCCGGUCAAUCGUCGAAACAGAAGCACCCGAAAGUGAAGGUGCUAGAUCCGGACAUAGAUUAUUCGAAGGUGAAAAGCGUCCAUAGCAUAUCGUCAUGGUGGGGAAUUGGUGGUAUAUUUAUUGUCCUCUUCAUCGGCAACAUCACUAACUACACCAAUUCACACCUCCCGGAUGGACUUCGGAAUGCGCACCUCACCCAUUUCCCGAACGCCUUCAUAGCCGAACGCGCCUGGAAGGAUCUGAAGAUUUUGAACGAUUUCGGACCGAAACCUACCGGCACGUACACGAACGAGGUGCUAGCGGUCGAUUUUCUCAAUCGCGAAAUAUCCUACAUCGACCAGCUAAAAAACCGCAACCAGCAGCUGAUCGUGCAAAAUCAGAUCGUAUCGGGUGGGUACGUCGGUGUGUACAUGAACAAAUCGGCCGCCAACGUGUACCGUAACGUGCAGAACGUCGUUGUAAAGCUGGUAGGCCGGAGCGAAACCUCCAAUCGGUAUGCACUGCUACUGAACUGUCACUUCGACUCGGUGGCCGGAUCACCGGGUGCAAGCGAUGAUUCUGGCAGUUGUGCGGUGAUGUUGGAAAUUUUGCGCGUACUAUCCCGCCAAUCGGAGGUGAACCGGUAUUCGAUCAUCUUUCUGUUUAAUGGGGCUGAGGAAACACCGCUGCAGGCGUCGCACGGCUUCAUCACGAAGCAUCCGUGGGCUGGGGAUGUACGGGCGUUUAUCAAUCUGGAGUCGGCCGGUUCCGGCGGCAAAGAAAUGUUAUUUCAAAGCGGCCCGAAACAUCCGUGGCUGAUAGAAGCGUACGCGAAGGCCGUUCCUUACCCGUACGCACAAGCGGCUGCGGAAGAAAUCUUUCAGUCUGGUGUCAUACCUUCGGAUACUGAUUUUCGGGUGUUUCGUGAUGUUGGUCGCAUUCCAGGGAUGGAUUUUGCUCACACAGCUAACGGAUACCGUUACCAUACGCGGUACGAUUCGAUCGAUUAUAUUCCGUUGCCGGUGCUCCAGCGUACGGGUGAUAAUAUUCUUGCGCUGACAAAGGAAAUUGCAAAUGGGGACGAGCUGGGUAGUACGGAACGGUACGCACAAGGUUACAUGGUGUUUUACGAUUUUCUUGGCCUAUUCUUCGUAUCCUACUCGGCCGAUGUAGGGCUGAUGAUCAAUUUGUCCGUGGUGCUGCUGUCCAUCAUCAUACCAUUCCUUUCGCUAGCUCGCUCCACUAGCGGUACGCAUGGGAAGCAGAUCCGUUCGGAGACGAUGACCGGGUUUCUGGCAACGUUUCUUGGCGCCGGAGCGAGCGGUGUGCUCUGCUUCUUCGUCGGUUUGCAGCUCGAUACGAUUGGCCGGUCCAUGUCGUGGUACUCAUCGACCAACCUUAUCCUUGGUGUUUACUGUUGUCCGGCUUUGCUGUGCCAGUGCAUAGUACAUUUGCUGUGCGAUCGUUUGUUUGGUAGCAAAACGACACCUCUGAGUCUCGCACUCAAAGUACAAGCGCGGCUAAAUGGUGUGAACCUCUUCUGGGGCAUGAUAACGCUCGGCAUAACGUUCACCGGCUAUCGGCUAGCGUACAUCUUCAUGGUACUGAUCCUGUGCUCGCUCUGCUCUAGCACACUGAUUUCGAUGCUUGGGCUACAAAACACAGUCCACAAAUGGUUGCUCAUGCAUAUGUUCUUCCAAAUUGUUGCCCUCGCCUGGAGCACUCAAUUCUACCACAUUCUGAUGAAUAUGUUCGUCCCCAUUACUGGUCGUAUCGGUUCGUCCAUUAAUCCGGACGUCAUUAUCGGCACGCUGGCCACCUUUACUACGCUGUUUAGCUGCAGCUAUCUGACCCCGUUGCUGUUUUUGCUCAAAAAAACCGAUAAGCUUAUUGGGGAGCUGGUGGCCAUAACGCUGAUUGCGCUGGUGCUUGCAUCGUCCACACACGUUGGCUUCCCGUACCGUGAUGAUGCCGUCAAGGUGCCGGCCGUCCAGCGCCACUACAUCACACACACGGUGCGUAAGUUCUACGAUUAUAAUGGCGGCGAGCGGUACACGGAUUCGGGCUUCCUGCUGCAAGAACUCGAUCGCAAUGCGAAAAAAACGAUCGAGGGUAUUGCGAUGCCGGACGUGGUGACGCCGAUGCGCGAGAUACCGGCCUGCGAGAAGGAACUGUUCUGCGCCAUACCUUUCUACUCGAUAUGGCAUCAGGUUUUAUUCGAGAACUAUUGGCUGCCUGGACCGGCACCGGUGGUGCGACAGUCGGUUACCGUUUCACUCAGGGAAAAGGAACAAUUGAACGAACACGAACAUCGGUUGCAUCUCGUGCUGAAGGGAAGCUUUCAAUCGUCACUUAUAAUUGGACCGAAAGCGGGCACAACCUUAAAGCGCUGGAGCUUAUUGAGUGAAAUACCGGCUCCGAUCGAAUUUAACGGUCAGCGAGGACAUUUUGUGCUGCUGACGGCCGGUGUUGAGAGUGAACCAAUGAACAUCACGUUAGAUGUACGCCACGAGCUGAAGAAAUACGACGGUCCGCUGGUCGAUCUACUUGUUACAACGACACAUUGGGAGUACCAAAAGGAACACACGCCUGUGUUCAAUCGCCUUCUGGCGCGUGUACCAAGCUGGGCACACGUCGUUCCCUCCGUAGCUGCCGUCAAUAGUUAUACCUACUAGAAUUAGCGCUUGUUCUGUUCUGCUCCGCGCUAGCUGGAGCCCUGCACGCGUUGCGCGUUUCACUCUUACCAAAUGAUAUUACGGCAAAACGUAAAGCUUUCUCACUUUGAACACAUUCUAGCUACUUCUACAUACUAUUGCCUUAUAAUACUGUUACGAAUCUACAACGCCCCCUCCAAUUCGUUUUGGCGAAAGCAAUAAUUAGAUAUUAGACGAUUCUCACGCUUGUAGAAAGUUGUUGCACAGCAAGUAACUCUACAGUUUCUCAUUAUUAAUCAUUACAAUUGUACUACGACUGUGGUGGGUUUCUUGAACAUUUUAUUGAUACCAAAGAUAUUUCUUCCACUGUGUGUGAGUGUGUGUUUUCUGUUACCAGUUGCUCUCUAUUACUGAACUUUCGAUCUUAGUAAUAUAAAACUAUCUAUCGUACAUCGAUGAUAUUAGAAGCGGAAAAGACUUAGUUUAUCGUUCGACUUACCAUUUGACGGUAGGGGGGUUUCGAUUCUCACAAUUAUACACCCAGUCAGAAUCCAAGCAUAGGUGAAGGGUUUAAGCAAUAAUAAAACUCGCGAAUUGUAUGGACGAAUCUUAAAAACAACAUUUACCCCUGCUCAGUAAAUGAUAGUACAUAAUGUUCCUUCUGCAGCAGUGUACGCUGUGCAGGAAGUUCUAAAUACAGCACAAAUGAGAGUUAGAACAUCAAACAGUUUUAUGGAGAAUUUUAUCUCUUCCUUACGCUUACGCUAGAUGGAAUUUUUGGUAUGCGACGAUUGGUUAAUUUGAGCGAUAAAACAAAAAAAAACAACAACAACAAAGCUUUAAAAUCGCGUGCAUGCAAGUUAUCGAGUUACCUUCAGUUGAUUAGUUGGUGCGAUUGCGAAUGGUAACGUUAAUUGAAUUGUUUCUUUCAUAAAAGCAAUAG